AUGUCAGCAAGGAACAAAGCCACGAAUGUGAAAGACCCUCAUCAUCCAUUCGAAAAGAUCGAAAUCUGGCAAUUUUUGCACGCCUUAUUAGAAGUGUCUUGGCAUCUGUAUACCAAAUACGAUGACUCAGAUGCGAAGGAAAUGAAUGGAAAACUAGCUGCAGGCUUGCAUAAAUUCUUGAAGAACGACAUAUAUCCUCAUGCUAGAAGCCAUGUUGGCAGUUUAUAUCAGGAGAAUCAGGAUUUACUACCUAUGUACUGUGUCUUUGAAUUGUGUCAACGAAUUGGAUAUCCACUUUCUGCGAAAGAUCUCUUACGAUUGAUUUUCGUUCCAAAAGAUACACGAUCAUCUUCGACUGUUGAGGCUAUCAAAAACUUUCCGGAUGGAAUUAAUUCCGUGAUGAUAGGUGAAAAAGUCAGUUAUCUAUUGAAAAUAGACGAAAUGUUUACGUUACCUCAUUGCACGGCUGAUGUAUCAAGAAAAAGUGACAACGAUCUAUUCGCUAAUGGAUUAUUGGUCUUUGGAGAACUGGGAGCUUUGAAGAUGGUGGAGAUUAUGACGCUAAUAUGUCCUGGAAUAAAAGAUGCAGACAGUGGAUUAAUUAUAAAUAUGGAUUACAAGUUGACCUUUCUUGAAUUUUACGAGGCAAUACUAGAGGCAACGAAGCAGUUGCUCUCGUUAAGGAAGAGAGCUGAAAAAUUGUUGCAAACGAGGAAAAUCGAGAAGGAAAGCACAUCAUCGAGGAACAAGUUACAGGAAAAGGGAGCAUCUCGAAAUACUGAAAACUCUUUAACCCAGAAAGAUUCCAAAGUUAAGAAGAGAAGCUUAAUAUGACUUGUUAAA